AUGGAGACCGCCAAUGCCCACUACCAUAAUGGGCACCAGCAGCCAGGCCCGCCGCUCCCUGCUUCACCGACCCUCACGAACCCCGAUAUGAUCUUGCCAGACUACGACCGCAGCGACUCCCCCGACCCGGAUCUUGGGAGCGCCGAGCGUGCCUCGCUCAUGAUGUGGAAGAACACACACAGCACCACCUCCCCGCCCGAUAUGCACCAUAUGUUCGUCGCAACGGGUCUGGCAGGCCCGCACCCGUACGGCCCCUCGGGCCCCGUCACACCCACAACACCCAUCAUAUACGGGAACGGAACUAUGCUGUCAGAUAUUGGGGAGGUCACCGAAGUCGAGAGCACGGUGGGAAAACCCUCGCCAGCGCGGGCGAAGCUUGGCUUACGGCGGACCGCGUCUCCCAAGCACGUAGGCGGAAGCGGAGGCGAGCCAGCACUCCAGUCCUCCCCAACCAUCCACGCGGCGGGUACGAUCAAGAAGAAGUCAAAGCAGAACUUGAAGGCCAAGCAUGAACGCCACUCGAGCAUGGAUAGCACCAGCACAAUCACAAACGGAGAUCACGCCGCCGCUUUCGCCGACUUCGACGAUUCCGUUAGUGUGGGGGACAGCGUAUUUCAAGGGGAUGACGAAGAGAGCAUGGCCUCGUCGUAUGUGGAGGGCACGGCGGCCGUUGAGCCGGCAAGACUGGGAGUUUCGAAGGCGGAGAAUCUUGAUCGCUUGUCUACUUACUCGACGACCUCGCUGAGCCGCCGGGCGGAGGAGAUCCUGGCCAACGCGAAGAGACGGCUGACGACCAUGGAAGGCAACCUGACUCGCGCACGGAGCUCGUUACACUCCCCGUAUGGCUCCGAUGGUUCGACACCUUCCCCGCCUUUCCAGCGAGCGGCGACGGCAACGUACCACAUUGAACAGAGGAUGGAGCAGGAGGUGGAAAACAGGGUGGAACAAGACGCGACGAACGGCAUGGAACCUGACCCAUCGACACCCGACCACACUACCGGGCACAAUCGCAUGUCGAGCGAACUCCUUAUGCGGAAUGGGUUGCCGUAUCGGGUGAACGUACCUCGAUCGCAAAGCGCUCUUGGAGCCGCCGGGGGCUACCGGCAGCCGCUGACGGCAUCAAAAAGCGCCGAUCAUAUCCGUGGGGGCGUGGAUGGCGAAUCCCAUCGUACUAUUCACAAAGCCAACUCUGUGAGGGAAGUGGGGCUCAAGCCGCUCACCGAGGACGAGGUCGCGCGGCUUGGAGAAGCCGACAGCGCAAGCCAUAAUGCAAGGGCAUCGGGGAUCGUCGCCAACGACUUCCCCGACCAAACCCCAUGGAACGACGAAGGGUUAAGCGUGAAUGGUGAUUAUAAGGAGGUGGCUCAACAACUGGAUAAUGGGCACCUUGAUGGAGAAGAGACGGAUUAUGCCGACGCAGAAGAGGGGAUCCACAUUGAGAACCCGAUCGACCUCGAACCACGUUCUCUUACACCGAUUGCCGGGCUCGACGAUGUUGAAGGCGAUAUUGAAGACGAUGUUUCCGACAUGCAUACGGAAAAUGGCGAUACGGACGAGGCCUUCCACGAUGCCGCCGACGCCGACGCCAUGAGCGAGAGUGGGGAGUCCCUCUACCACGAUACGGUGCAGCACCAAAUCUCGCACGAAGACCGCGAGGACGCAUUCGAUUACGAGCACUUUUUCUUACAUAGCGCCAUGGGCACGAUGAGUAUGGCAAGGCGGGCCAGCAGAGAUAGUUUCACCUCGGACGACUCUGUAGAGACGACCAGGGGGCCAACCGCGACAAGCAGCGACGAGCACCAGCCGAUCAUCGGCAGACGGAACAGCAGCAACUCGAUUUCCACCAUCGACACGUUUGCCACGGCCCAAGAAGCCCGGUCCCUCAAAUCCCCCGUCAGCCCAGACGAAGCCCACAACCCGUUCGAAUCCCUCUCCCGCGCCGCCUCCUCCCAAAGCCACCGGUACCGCUCCGGCAGCAGCGCCACAGCCAAACGCCUCUCCUUCAACCCGGGCACCCUCCACCCCCCGACCUCAGGCCCCACAACCCGCGACAGCGACGGCUCCAUCUCGCCCAUCGCCGAGGAGUCCUCCUCCGCAGGCUCCCCAGCCCAACCCAGGACCGAACGCCGCGCGUCCGUCAUCCACCGGCCCAUGUCGACCACGGCCAUGCACCCCUCCCUCCACCGCCCCUCCACCUCCUCAUUCGACUCGGUCGGCACGAACCGCAGCUUCCCGCUCGUCAACAAACCCCCGUCCCGACCAUCAUCCAAAAAUGGCCCACCACCGGUCGUGCGCAAGGCGAGCAGCGCCGGCGUGCUCACACCGCCCAACCGCUCCCUCUCCCCCGACGUCUCCGGCGGCGGCGAAGCCGACCUAAACACCCUCGCCAGCCGGCUGAUGCUCGAGAUGGGUCAGCACGCGCAACCCCCGCAAUCACCCACGUCAGACCGCCACGUGACGAUGGAGGGCCAAGCCGCCGCCGCAAACGACACCAUCGACAGCAUCGCCAACGGCAGUGGUGGCGAUGGCGCGCCGCACCCGCUCGAGGCGCUGCUGCGCGAGGACAAGUACCUGGUCGAGCGCAUCGUGGCGAACCUUGGGCGUUGCGUGCUGGGGCUGACUGAGAAUGGGCGGGCUAGCGCGGAGAGUCGCAUGUAUCGGCGGCGGCUGGAUGCGGCGAGGAGGGCGUUGGAGGGGUUGGGGUUGGGGGAAGGGGGGGAUAUUAGUCAGGUUUGA